AUGGAAUUGUUGCUCAACGCUUCACAAGUACUAUUGUUUAGGAAAAUAAUUUCGCUUUUUCGACAAAUAACCCAGUCCUUACAUAUUAUUUCUACUGAAGAAGGACUUGAAUUAUCAGCACUAAACUCAUCAAAUACUGCUUGGUUACACGUAUUUUUUGCACAGUCCUUCUUUGUUUCCUAUAGAACAAUAAACAAAUUAUCUAAAAAGGAACUGAAAACUCUCAUAUCUGCUAAAAAUUUCUACAAUUCACUCACAUCGCCUGAUAGCUAUUUGACAAAAAGGAAUAAUCACUUAAACAGUUUGGACACUUGUAUUAUAUCCUCCGAAAGCGAAUCGGAUGCUUUAUCCUUCUCUCUACAUUUUUGCAAUGGUCUAAUAUGCAGGACAACAUCAGUGUCUUUGGAAGAUUCUCCAUCCCAAUUCCCUGACAUUAUUGACUGGGCCGAGUACAAUUAUUUCCGGUUUCAUCCAAAAAUAAUAUUACGCUGUAUAAACCCCUAUUGUUUCAAUGAAGAUGAUAUUGUUUGGUCCGCUGAUUCAAAAACUCACUGCAUAGAGAUCAAAAUUUUGACAGCGCGUGGAAGUAUCAAUAGGCAAUCCCCGUUAUUAGGUAAAGAUGAUUUUUCUUGUUCCAAUAUCAAGCUAGAUUCUUCGCAAUUUGAUGAACUGUCUCUCGUGAAUAACACCGAUUGCGUAUAUUCCGUAUUCUCAAUUAAACAAUUGGCGGCAGUGGCAAAUCUUAGCGAUUCCAUAAAUAUACCACUUGCAUUGGUAUUUAAGGACCCAGGAGACCCUGCAUUUGUAUUGUUCGGCAAGGCUGCCUAUUUACCUUCAAAAAACUUCAACCCCCAAGCCCACAUAUUAAAUUCUCCAACACUGAAUAUUAAAAGUACGAAUAGUAGGCAAAAUGAUCAUUGGAGUGGUGCACUUUGGAUGAGCACAAUCGUCUCGGAACAUUUCAAACAGACAUCUAGUGAUAACGUUUCUGGACUGGUUUCUCAGAUAUCCAUCCCACAGCAAAUAUCAAUUACAUCCCCUCAAUCACAAUUGUUUAACUACAGAAAUUUAUUGCCCGCAGCUUCGGUGUUGGAAGGAGAUACCGUGCCUCAUAAGCCUCAAUUAUUCAGUUCACAGUCCCCAAGCUCACCAAUUCAGCUUGAGAUUGACACUAGCAUUGAAGUUGAUUUACAUUCUGUCGAUAGGGAAAAGGAGGAAGUAUUGGUAUUAUUUAACGAAUUCCAAGGGGAUAUAAUUAACAAGUCACCCAUAUCGUUGGACCAAUUUAACGGCGAGUACAUUGACACAGACGGUUCAAUAUCUGAUUUCGAAUCUAAUACUCGAGUUUCGGACGAAUUUUCAAAGUUAGGUUGCCUUUUGGACUAG